AUGCCGACGUCGGCAGCGCUGCUGUGUAUAAAGCAACCGCCGCCACACACCUCCUCACUGUCAGCUCUCAGCCCUCAGUCGACAAGCACAAUGUCUCGCGUUCUCUCACUGGUGUGCCUUUUGGCGGUGGCCUGCCUGGCCCUGCUGUGUGGCUGUGAGGCCUCCUACCCUCUGGCCGUCUCACACGGACACGGGUACUACCCGUACAGCUACAAGUACCCUGGCUACGGGUACCACGGCUACUCGUCCCACUACGGCUACCCUGGCUGGGGAUACCACGGCUACCCUGGAUACGGCUACCACGGUUACUAUGGUUACGGUAACCACUACGGCUACCCUGGAUACGGGUACGGUCAUGGUCACGGCCACUGGUGA